CUGGAGAAUUUAUCGGUAGCAUAUCGCGUGUCACAGCGUUCGAGCAUACGAGUGUUGUGUGACCCUUUGCUGUGUUUUUAGCGGUCGCGCGAGGUUGUAUUGUAUUUAUUUCGGUUACAGUUUAGAGAUUAUUUGAAUCGUUUCCUAAUUCGCGUGUGUGGUGUUAUGAAUUUGUAACAGAAAAGUGGAUUUAUUCAUACUUCAUCGACGGCGAUACAAACAUCGUUUUAUGAAUGGGGAAAAUUACUGUUUUCUUAUUCUUUUCGAUUAGUGGCCCUCAUUUGAUGGAUCAUUUCCUCCCGCAGUUCAUCGAAUACACAGAAGAUGAGAUAAAAUGAAAGUGCGACAGAAAUAUCGAAAAUAGUGUUAUUGUCAGUUAUCAGUGCGCGCGUAUCUUAUCGGGUGGGAUCCACCGAAAAGAAGAAGCAAAAAAAAUUAACAAAGCUUUCAGUGUUCCAUUUCACUGUGUGGAACCAGUGCAAACAUGUUGCAAGCAGCUGAAACAUCAUUCGCCUCAACCGAAUCCUCCCGGCGGCGUUCCACAUUCUAUGUGCCGCUCAUUACGGACACCUCCUGCCAUGAAGCUCCCACGGAGGAACCCCAAACAGUCACAUCGUCCAGUUCUGCGGCUUCCCAUCCGACGGAGGACUAUUUGAAGCGCUCACUCGAACGCAUCUACAACCCGGAUCUCAGUGCCUGCAGUUUCGAGUGGAGUUUGAAUGAUUCACUCAGCUCCUCCAGCAAUAUGUUGCUUGUGAGCAGCGAUCGGGAGAACAAGCUGAAACGAUAUGGUAUUGUUUUAAAUGCCAGCGUCAACAUCGACGAUGACGAUGCUACGUGCCAUCAGAAACAGAGCAACACAUCAACUCCGAUUAGGCUUACGAAGUCUCGCAGCCGAGGAAACAUCCUAAACAUACAGGAGAAACCUUCGUUGGGGCCAUCACCGGCGAAGGAAAAGUCUAAAACAUUACCUCAGAACCUCUCGCCAGCGAACACUUUCCCGCCGAAAAGUUCGUUCCUGCUGAAAUCGACACCCAAAAUCCCCUUCAACUACUCCUCGGAUGCCGGUAGCAGGGGGUCACCAGACCCCAGCACCUCUUCACCACAUUCGGCACUCAGUCCGAAAAAAUCCCUGAGCUUCAUCCGAAGGACACACUCAACGAAGCUCUCGCGUAGCAACUCUCUGCUCAAGAGUCUGACCUCCAAAUGCGUCGAUCAGAGUGUGGACAACCUGAACAUGCUGAAGGUCGUUGUCAAGGAGUUGGAUUUCACGCGGCUGGAAAAAUUCAUCCGAUGCGGUGAUAAGGCAGACGAAAUGGUUCGAGAUUUGUUUCUUCGCGCCAAAGACGACAAAGAGGAGGAAAGCGCCAUUCAUUCCGACACAUCUUAUGAAAAAGCAUGCCGAAGAGGAUCGGCCCCGAGCACUCCGGUUCUGGGUCAAAAGUCAGAGUCCACCUCGCGGUUCACAAACUUUUUCUCGAAACGUUCCUUCCGAUCGAACCCGCUGAAGCGCACAAAGUCCGUCACCAAGCUGGAGCGCUCCAAGCGUGGCCAGGGUGGUCUGCGUGGAUCCCGAUCGCACGAGAGCCUACUCUCGAACCACGCUGUGAUGUCUACCAUUGAUCUGUCCUGCAUCGGGGCGAUCGGAGUGGUACCGGUGCACGCUUCGGUGCUCGGUCGACGGCACUGCUUUCAGGUGCGCGGAGGACCCCGAGGCGAACGGUACUACAGCUGCGGAUCCCGGCAGGAGCGGGAUCUGUGGAUUUACAGUCUGCGAAAGUCGAUUGCACCGAACGCUGAAAAUACCCGGCGAACGGACAAUUCGCUUAAGAUGUGGAUAUAUGAAGCCAAAGCACUACCACCGAAGAAGAAAUAUUUCUGUGAAAUAAACCUGGACAAGACGCUGUACGGUCGGACGUCCGUGAAGCUACGAACGGAGCUGCUGUUUUGGGGCGAGUACUUCGAUUUUCCCGAUGUUCCCGAUAUCAACGUGAUUACGGUGAAUGUUUACAGGGAGGGAGAAAAGAAGAAGAAAAGGGACAAACAUGCACUCGUCGGGUCGGUCAAAAUUCCGAUCCACGAGGUCACAUCGAGGACAUUCUCCGAGGACUGGUACCCAAUUAUUGCCGAGAAACACGACAGUAUCAGUAAAAACUCUUCCAAAGAACCAAUUCCAACGCUGAGAAUAAAGUGUCGCUUCCAGUGCAUAGACAUUCUACCGAUAAACGUUUACCAGGAAUUCUUGGAUUAUCUGAAGGAAAACUAUCGGAAGGUUUGUGAAAUUUUGGAGCCAGUUAUCGGAGUGAAAGCUAAGGAAGAUAUUGGCCAAGCUCUGGUACUUUUGAUGCACGCACAAGGAAUGGCCGCUGCGUUUCUAACGGAUGUGGUAGCUUUGGACCUGCUUCGCGUUGGAGAUCAACGGCUAACUUUUCGUGGGAAUUCACUCGCCACAAAGAGUAUGGAAGCUUUUCUGAAACUGACUGGAGAGCAGUAUCUUCAAGACACGCUAUCCACUCCAAUAUCGGAAAUAAUAUCCUCUGACCGCGACUGUGAGGUAGACCCAUUAAAAGCUAAUGGAUCGCUCUCGCGUCAGCAGCAGGCACUGCGGAAUGCGGUGAAAACGGCCUGGAAUAGCAUUGCCGAGAGCAGUAAGAAUUUCCCAACCCAGCUGAGAGAUUGUUUUUCGACAUUCCGCGAGCGGCUCCAAACGCUCGAUCGUGAGGAUAUGGCCGAUAAUCUGAUCAGCGCUUCGAUCUUCUUGCGUUUCCUCUGUCCGGCUAUACUUUCUCCCAGCCUUUUCAACAUCACAAACGAGCUUCCGUCGACCCGAGCAACUCGCAAUCUCACUCUGGUAGCGAAGACUCUCCAAACUUUGGCCAACUUCACACGUUUCCAGGGCAAGGAGAACUUCAUGGAGUUUCUGAAUGAUUUUCUCGAACAGGAAGCACCUCGGAUGAAGCAAUUCCUGCACGAUAUCUCGACACGCUCGGAGCAGUCGAUGCAGGAAAGUAUUCUCGAUUGGGCUGGAUAUAUCGAUCAAGGGAAACAGCUUUCAAUUCUGCACACAUUGCUUGCAGAAAGCAUCCAAAAAUUGCCCGCCUCAAAGCAGAUUGAUCUUCAUCCGCUUCCGACCAUACUGGAGUCGAUAACGAUCGCCAAGGAGACCAACAACUUUAUCACCACCACCCAACAGAUGCCUCAACCCCAGCCUCAUCCCAACCAAGAGAACCAAAGUCUGCCAGCUGCACCAAUGAAAACUGCCGAACGGGGAAUCAUCCGGGGAGUGCUUACUCCGACCUCGCUGGAGAAAAAUAUAUUCCGCUACAAUGACCCCACGGUUCGACCGUUGCUGAGCCAGAACCAGAGCACAAACUCUCUGCAACAUUCACACUCCACAUCCAGUAUUAAUUCGGCCUCGAAUCUGUACGUGGUCAAUCCGGCCGUUCAACAUCACAACAUUUCAAGUACAAACAGCGCUAGCGAAAACAAGUACCAAUAUCAGAUCGGUAGUAUGCGCACCUACGGAACAGUCGCACCAUACUUCAACAACUCGAGCAAUAUGGGCAGUUUGAAGAGUGAGAAGGAGAAAAGUCCGGUUCUGAGCUGCGGAGGAAUACGCGCAAGUACCCUGCCUCGAAAUAAUGCCGUUACGGUUAACAGCAGCAAUUUGAACGAGGAAAUGCAGGACCACAGCAAUGGCAACAACCUAAUCCAGAUUGGGUUCGAUCCGAGCAAUCCGUUCAACAGGAAAAGUCCGACGCCACAUUUGAAAUCCUCAACGCAUAUCACCGGAAGCCGAAGUCGCAAUCUCAACGGCUCACAGCUGAGUCUACUCUCGGAUAUUGGCAAGAAUCCUCCCAGCCUCGGAAUCCCACACAGCGAAAUGGUCACCACUUCUACGCCCACUCCCUCCGCAACCACUAACCCUUCCAAUAUGCCAAUGAGUUUGGAGGAUCUUGAAGAUCUGCUGAAUUACGCCGAUGAGCAGAACAUCGAGAACCAGAAGGGCAAAGAGCAACUGGUCAGCAAGGGUAGCAACAUUUCCAUCGGACAGUUCUCCAACAUCUGCAGCUCCGGAUACCAAAGCAUCACCACUCAGUCCCAGAGUUCUAGUCCGGUGGAACUGGGCCAGCAGCAGAUCGAAUACGUGGCCAACAAGGUUCCACCCCCGAGGAAGGUUAGCAGUGGAAAAUAUGGAUACAUAAGUCAGCGCUAUAUUUCGGGGAACAACGAAAACAUGACCAGUCUCAACGGUGCCAACAAUAAUGAACAAGAAGGCUCCCAUUACGCUCCGUUGUCGUACAAAAAUCCCCUCUAUCACCACAACACGAACACCACCAGUAACGGGAAUGCACUCAACGCGUACAAUAAUAAUCUGAUUAUUGGGAGCAAUGGGGGAGGAUCCAAUGGUGGACCCAUCGCUGGAAGGAACGUUUACAAAAGUCAUCUCAGCACGAUCGGAAGCGGAGGUAAUUUGCACACCUCGAGUAGUGAUGAACGGCUAAGCAACAACGAUAACUAUCGAGAGCUGGAUUCGCUGAAUGCGAGCAAUGGGAAUGCGUUCGAUUCGUUCGGGGGACUGCACAGUCGAAGGCUGGGAAGCAGUCGGAUGCCAAGGACCAAUCCGUUGAUGCAGUAUAAGCGGGAGGAACCACUCGACAUCCAACCCAUCAGCAGCUACACCACCAGUGGCAACGGAACCCGUGAUCACCAUCAUAGCAGCACGAACGGAGCGAACAGCCGGUACCAGCGACGAAUGAGCAUCGAUUCGGGACGAACAUUGUCCGACAGCUCGACCGAUACGGAAAGUGCACCCAAGCGACACCCGGUGAUGUCGUCGGUUGGACUCAACAGCCACGGUAACCAUCUUGCGAUCGCUAUUGGUGGUGGUGGUGGUGUUGUGGGUAGUGAGAGCAAGCGGCGCCAUCAUCGAACCAGCACGAGCAAAUCGGUCGAACAGUGCGAACGAGAAAUCCAACGACUUCAGGCUUCGGUGGACGAGCUGCGCCAGAAGCUGGAAGAAUCUGAACUGAAGGAGACCUCCGAAGAUCUGGAGGCGAUCUCACAUCACAGCGACAGUAAGAUACGCAGCAUCAUUGGACGAUUACUAGCGAUGGAGGAGGAGCUGCGACGGGAGCAGUACAAGAUGUCUCUUGUGCUGUCGCACAAACAGCGCGUAAUCGAAGCCCAAGGUCAGCAAAUCGCUGCGCUGGAUGCGGCCAACAAUCGGCUACUGACGGCUCUGUCCAGCUUGCGCAAUCGAUACGAAAACAAUCAGUCCAACCAAAAUGACGCUAGCUCCCCGCAGCCCAACGCUAGUGCUUCGUCCUGCUAGGGCAAUGCAGAAUUCUGAAAAAACAAAUAUCCCAGAAUUGAAAAAAAACAGCAGCUCUCUUUUUGUAAGAAAGUUCCACGUUUCCACUUGGCAAAGUGCUAAGUUGAACAGGAAUGCAACGCUGGUGUUCGAACUUCUUCGAAGUUCUUUUGUGUACAUAGUCGUAACAUGCAAAGGUUUGAAUUACGUUAAUUUUAAUGAUUUUGUUUUUAAUUAUUUAUUGUAAAAAAUGCACAAUGAAAGAUGAAUUUAUAUGACAUGGGUUGAUUUUAAGAAAAUGGUACAACACUCAUCGUAGUUUUAAAACCAUUUUUUCUCCGGUAAAGGAAAAGCACAACAUAUUCCAGAUAUAGUUUCAAUAUAGCGAUAGUUUUUUUUUCUUUGCGUACUUAUAAGUCAACUCAGUGGCUCCAAAAUAACGCUAGUAAGCCUGUCGACCUCCAAAGACAUGAAUAAUUUAAUCCCGUACGGAAUGCAAAACUGCCUCGAAUAUAACUUCUUUCAUCACAUUUGAAAUCGAUCAAAGUCGGUUUGAUUUAAUUGGACUUUUUUGAACCAUUAACCAGUAUUCUCGUCGUCCAUUGAGUACUUUCUCACCGCUCCCCCCUCCAUGCAGAUCAUUAUUUUUUUAUCAUACGCGUAGGAUUGUAAAGACAUAAUAACUAAUCAAAUAUAACCAAAGAACCGUUUCAGCAAACAGAACAAGUGAAUCAAUGCUUGCAGGAGCAAUACCCCCCAAACAAUAAUAUUUUUGUGACAUGUUCACAACUUUGGCAACAUUUACAACGGCGGAGACCGAACAAUGAAUUUUGUUUGUUAUGUUUUUGUGCAAAAUUGACUUCAUUUAGGAACCUGCUCUGAUGUCUGUAAUAAUUAUUCAUAAUCAUGAAAUAUCUAGAAGACACAAUAUUUAUAAAAGAAA